AUGAUGCUUUUACAAUGGAUGGGCUUGACUCUGAUUCCAAUAGCAGUAAUUGGAAUAGUUUCAAAUCUUCUAAUAUUAUUCUCAAUAUCAACCAAUCGCUCUCUCCAUCAUGCUUUUUCAUUGCUCACCGGAAAUCAGGCGGUUUUUAACGGACUCUUUUCAAUUAUAUAUACGAUUUAUGUGAUUCCCAUGAUAAGAUUUAAGUUUUAUGAAAAAUAAUUCUCAUCUUAUUGGAUUUGUAAUAUUGAUUUGUUAUGACGGAGCAAUGCAGGCCCAUGCAUUGAUUACUGUAAAUCGAUUCUUUGCAGUAUUUUAUCCAAUUUUGUAUAAAAAUGUUUUCAGCUCAAAAUGGACCAAGUUAGUAAUAUUUAUAUCCUUUAUUUUUUCAACCACUGUUCUUACAAUAUUCUUUCAAAUCUAUCCAUGUCGUUAUUACUUUUCCGAUGUCUCACUAGGUUUCACUUUUAAUAUGGAAGUACCCAUAUGUUUUGACUAUGGAAUUUACGGUGAUUUUGGGAAAUUCUUCAUUUUAUGCAUGUUCAAUAUUGUGGUUGACACCAUUUCAAUUUGGAAAGUUAGAAAAAUUAGAAGAUUGCAAGGGCAACUCACGUUUCAGAAAAAGGAAAUAAAUCUUUUGAAACAGUCGUUUGGACAAGCUAUUUACCUUUUUAUCUACAUUCCUGUUUAUUUUACCAUCCCAAUGAUAGUCCACAAUGAUGUGAUCGGAUUUUUGUUGAGCACGUUCUACUGGUCUUCUAUUCAUGCAAUGGAUGGCAUUUUAACUCUUGUUUUUAAUAUAGAAAUACAAAAACCUAUCAUUCAAAAAUACAAAAAAAGCUUUUCAUCGGGAAAGAAUUCAGUCUUGUUAGUUAUCAAAAGAUCCAACACUUAUUAAUU